AGGUGGCAUUAAGUGUCCUGUCUGCAGCUUCGUGUAUGGCACAAAAUGGGAGUUCAACAGACAUCUUAAAAACAAGCAUGGAAUGAAGCUAGUGGAACAAGAUGGGGAGACCAAGUGGGAGUUAACUGCUGAAGUUUCUGAAGAAGCAUCUACUCAAUAUCUCCAUAUCACGGAGGCCGGAGAAGAUGUUCAAGGCACUCAGGCUGCUGUAGCUGCAUUACAGAACCUUAGAUACACUUCUGAGAACAGUGAAAGGCUUGAUCCAACAGCUGUAAACAUCCUGCAGCAAAUCAUUGAGUUGGGUUCGGAAACCCAUGACACCACUGCGGUUGCUUCUGUAGUUACCAUGGCACCUGGCACUGUGACAGUGGUAAAGCAGGUAAAAGAAGAGGAGCAAUCAGCCAACCACACUUUGAUGAUUCAAGAGACGCUGCAGCAGGCUUCAGUGGAGCUGUCUGAGCAGCAUCACCUGGUAGUUUCAUCAGAUGAAGUGGAAGGGAUUGAGACAGUGACUGUCUAUACACAGGGUGGAGAGGCUUCUGAAUUUAUAGUUUAUGUUCAGGAAGCUAUGCAGCCUGUAGAAGAAACAACUGUGGAACAAGCAGUGCAGGAGCUCUAGAGAACAAAGGAGAUGGCUACUUGAUUUGCCAAAGCCAAAAGUUUGGGGUUUUUUUUCUCAGACAAAAGCAAGCAAACUGACAUUUUUAGUUCAUUUGUGAAGUGAGACCUUGUUACUAGAUAGUGAUCUGACUGGUUAGAUUGUAUCAGUAACUU